GUUAAAGGUGCGUGCGCAGGCUUCGCGAGGUCUCUAGUGCAGAAGGGUCCAGGCCACGUUGAAGUGGGCUUGUUGUCCGUGGUGAGCUGUUCCCCUCAAAUAACUGCCUUGCCAGCCUGUGUGGUUGGUGUAAGCGACCCUGCAAGAGAAGGACGAGGUGGUGUCGGCGGGAUGCUGGAGGUCCUAGUGCUAAAGAUUGAAGAUCCAGGCUGCUUUUGGGUAAUUAUAAAAGGAUGUAGUCAAUUUUUAGAACAAGAAGUCGACUAUCAAAAACUGAACAGUGCCAUGAAUGACUUCUAUAGCAGCGUGUGUCAGGACAUAGAAAUAAAGCCGCUAAUGCUGGAGGAAGGGCAGGUGUGUGUGGUAUACUGUCAGGAGCUGAAGUGCUGGUGCAGGGCUGUGAUUAAGUCAAUCAUCUCUUCUGCAGACCAUUACCUGGCAGAGUGUUUCCUUGUGGAUUUUGCCAAGUGCAUUCCAGUAAAAUCCAAAAACAUUCGAGUCGCAGUAGAAUCCUUUAUGCAUCUUCCUUAUAGAGCAAAAAAGUUCAGACUUUAUUGUACCAAGCCUGUGACAUUGCACAUUGACUUCUGUGAGGACAGCGCUGAGAUUAUACCUGCCACAAAAUGGGACAGUGCAGCUAUCCAGUACUUUCAGAACAUCCUAAGAGAAACUACCCAAGUGGAAGCAAAACUUUGUGCUGUGGAAGAAGAUACCUUUGAGGUUUACCUUUAUGCAACAGUAAAAAAUGAAAAAGUUUGUGUAAAUGAUGAUCUGGUCGCAAAGAACUUUGCUUAUUAUGUGUCACCCAUGGGGAAUAAAAACCUCAAUAUGUUGGAGAAGCCCAGACCCAGUCUCAAUUCGGUGUCCUGCAGUAAGCUCAGCCCAUCACUUACUCUGUGGCCAAUGCUUUUGCAAGGGAAAGACCAUCGUGGAAUGGAAAACUCACAGCGCUUAGGUUUUCUGGCACAGUCUCUCCGGCAUACAUGGUGUAAGAAUGUUGUCAGUGACCUAGGGCCACCUGCUACAGCACUAGAUAAAGCUGUAAAAUAUAAGGAUUCCAUGAGAGACUCGCCUAAAGUCCUAUUUGAGAAGAAACAACAGUGCCCCCCUUUAAAACACAUGAACGAGGGUAUUGAAUCUUCAGCAUACUGGCCAACAAAAAGAGGUAUAACUAUAUAUGCUGAUCCAGAUAUUCCAGCAGCAAGUAGGUUUAGCCAGAAACCAAAUGAGAAGCUGCUGCGGUUGACAGAGAAGAAAGACUGUGAUGAGAAGAAUGGCUGUGUAAAAUUACUACAGUUUUUAAACCCUGAUCCUUUGAGAGCUGAUGAGACCUCUGACCUGCAGCAGUUGCAGAAGGUGAAGUCGGGCACACUACAGCCUGGUGUGGUACUCCGGAACAGGAUCGAGCCCUGUCUGACCCUGGAGAAAUCCCCUCUGUCAGCAGACGUGAAGAAGGCUCUUCAAAGAAACAAGUUCCCGGGACCCAGCCACACUGCAUCUUACUCUUGGCCUCCUAUUGCACGUGGCUGUGACGUGGUGGUCAUUUCUCACUGUGGAAAUGACCCUUUAUUGUACCUGCCACCACUGCUUACGGUUUUGCAGAUGGGGGGCUGCUACAAGUCAUUACCAAGUAGAAAUGGACCUCUUGCAGUCAUCGUGUGUCCUGGGUGGAAAAAGGCCCAGUUUAUUUUUGAGUUAUUGGGAGACUAUAGCUUGUCCUCCAGGCCUCUUCAUCCUGUGUUGUUAACAAUUGGACUUCACAAAGAUGAAGCCAAAAAUAUGAAGCUUCCAAGGGGGUGUGAUGUGAUUGUCACAACUCCACACAGCCUCUUGAGACUUCUCACGUACCGAAGCUUGUUGUUUCUUCGACUCUGCCACCUGGUUCUAGAUGAAGUGCAAGUAUUGUUCUUUGAAGCUAAUGAACAAAUGUUUGCCAUAUUAGAUAACUUUAAAAAAAACGUUGAAGUGGAAGAGCGGGAGUCUGCACCACACCAGAUUGUGGCAGUGGGUGUUCACUGGAACAGACACAUAGACCAUCUAGUCAGAGAGUUCAUGAAGGAGCCCUACGUCGUGAUCACCGCCCUGGAAGAGGCUGCCCUCUAUGGCAAUGUCCAGCAGGUGGUGCAUCUGUGCCUGGAGUGUGAGAAAACCUCAACUUUACUCCAAGUUCUUGACUUUGUUCCAAGUCAGGCCCAGAAGACCUUGAUCUUCACCUGCUCUGUGGCUGAAACAGAAACUGUAUGUAAGGUAGUGGAAAGCAAUUCAAUAUUUUGCUUGAAAAUGCAUAAAGAGAUGACUUUUAACUUAAAAAGUAUUUUAGAACAGUGGAAGAAGAAGUUAAGUCCUGGCUCUCACAUUGUAUUAACCUUAACAGACGACUGCAUACCCCUCCUGGCCAUCACCGACGCCACGUGUGUAGUUCACUUCAGCUUUCCUUCUUCCCCGAAAGUGUUUGGUGGACGCCUGUACUGCAUGUCUGAUCAUUUUCAGAGUGUAACUGAACAGGGUUCUCCUGCAGAGCAGGGAGAUAAGAAAACCAAAUCUGUCUUGUUGCUGACGGAGAGAAAUGCAAGCCAAGCCGUUGGUGUCCUGCGAUACUUGGAGCGAGCAGAUGCCAAAAUCCCGUCAGAGCUGUAUGAGUUUACUGCUGGGGUCCUGGAAGCCAAAGAAGAUAAGAAGGCCAGAAGACCUCUUUGUUCGUAUCUUAAGGCUUUUGGCUUUUGCAAAGACAAAAGGAUCUGCCCUGACCGGCACCACAUUAAUCCAGAAAUGGAUAUCCCAAGGAAGUUAUCCAGCGAAGCUCUGCCCGUGUCUGGACACGUUAGGAUAAUACCUUUUUACGUUUCAAAUGCAACCAAUUACUUUGGUCGUAUAAUUGAUAAACACUUGGAUCUUUAUGCAACUCUCAAUGCGGAAAUGAGUGAAUAUUUUAAGGAUCCCAGUAACAAAACAGCUACUGAAAAGGUGGAGAGUUUGGGGUUGUAUGGAUUAGAAGAGAAAACGCUUUUCCAGAGGGUUCAAGUGUUGGAGGUGAGCCAGAAGGAAGACAACUGGGGUUUGGGGAGUGUCUUGGUGAAAUUCAUAGAUGAAGGCAGGACCAAGCUCAUCGCAAGAGACAAGCUGCUGCUGCUCCCAGAGAGGUUCCACACUCUGCCCCCUCAGGCUGUGGAGUUCAUUGUUUGUAGGGUGAAACCAGCUGACAGUGAAAUCGAAUGGAACCCAAAGGUUACUAGAUACAUUCAUCAUAAGAUUGUUGGGAAAAUGCAUGAUGCCAAAGUGGUUCUGGCCUUGGGAAAUACCCUUUGGAUUGAUCCAAUGGUGCAUGUUACAAAACUAUCAAAUCUAAAAACCUCUAUCAUUGAUUAUAAUGUUCGAGCUGAAAUUUUGUCCAUGGGAAUGGGUAUUGAUAAUUCAGAACACAUAGAACAACUGAAAAAACUGUGCAAAGAAGCCAAACUGCCAGCUUUCGAGGACCUUCUGGGCCAGACCUCGACACCUACCACAGUGGAAGAUGCCGUGUGUCUGCAGGGCACUCAGCAAGGAGAUGGAGACACAGAAAAAAGUGCUGAUUCCAAGGUGGACUUGGACACCCAGAAGCCUGAAGUUUUAUCUGAAGACACUGGCAGUGACUCCAUCAGCAGAACUCCACAACUACAUGUGAGAAGGUAUGUGCUCCUGCGCCUGGUCCUCCCUAGAUGCUGCGAUGAGCUAACAAAUACAACCCCUUUCUUUCCUUCUAGUUUUCAUCCACAGAUAAAAUGGUUCCAAAAAGAUGAUGUGGUCAUCUUAAAGAUAAAGAUAAGGAAUGUCAAAGAUUAUAAGUGUAAAUUCUUUACAGAUAGAGUCAUUUUCAGUGCCUGGGUAGGAGACAAGUUUUACUUGGCUGAUAUGGAGCUGCAAGGUGACAUAAGGAAAGAUGACUGCAAGUGUGUAAUUAAAGACGAUGAACCUCUGAUCACACUUGCAAAGGAGAAAAGGGCACGCUGGUGCGGCCUGCUCAAGCAGAGGCAUCCUAAUGUGGCUUUUGACUUUGAUCACUGGGAGGAAUGUGAAGAGGACAGCCCCUUCUCGAAGGUUGUAAAUUCUAAAAACGUGUCCUGCAAAGUGGCAGUGUUGGCUGAGGACAGCGGCACCUCUUCCGGCACUGAUGGGAGUGACAGCGAGUGAGCUGCGCAAAGGCUGAACAGAGACGACAUCGCCGUGGGACUGAGCCAUGGAAACAAAUCAUGUGUGAAGCUUUUCUCCUGGAGAGUGAAUCGUCACUGUACUGUGUGGUGCUGGGGUGGGUGGGGAUGAGAAGUUGUUAGCUGAAGGAAAGCGGGCAGACAUACCAGCUGAUAGGUUAAGUCCAGGAAGGGACACAGAACACUGGGGACACUUCUCAUCUCAGCACUCAUGAGACUGAGGCAGAGGAUUACAAGUUUGGGGCAGCCUGGCCUAUAUAGGGAGAUUUUGUUUCCAAAAAUGUCUUUUCAAGCGAAGGUCUAAUGUAAACAAGCUUUCCAGUGUGUGCUCUCGUUGGCACUUAGCCCACCUGACGCCUCAGUAUAGAGGACAGAGCGCAGGCUGGAACAUUAGGUAAGACUGUGUCACACAGACUCGUCUCCUCGUUUGCCAUGCAGACCUGUGUGUGACACUGCUCAAAGCUUGUCACCCGUAGAGCUGUUUCUACCUUAAAUUUACACCCAGUGCUGCUUGCUGCCCCUUUCCCCAUGACAUAGAUGGAUUUGCUGCCACCAUACAAAUACUCUUUAAGUCUUCCAGACUUUGAGAGCUACUGAGAAGUAAAUCUUUUCCCAAAGGUAAUAUAGACUUGGUUCAGCUCAGUGGGAUCAGUGGCCUGCAGGAACCUGGACAAACAUGGCAGAACUUUCUUUCAGAAAUGUUAAGGGGACCUGUGUCCAUGUAGUAUAUAGUUAACCUUGAGAAAACCCAGAUAAGGUGAGUCCUGAAAAUACUAUACAAGUCCUUAAAAAGCCUUGAAUGAGGCUGGACUGCCAAGGUUUGGGGGAGGGGUGUGUGUAGUUACCAUUUAAACAUCACUGAAAUAGUUGGGAAGGUGAACCAAUCCUGUACAUAGCAUUUCUGUAUCAGUUCUCCUAGAAGUGAGACGGGCGUGGAUGAAACAGCACUGUUGAGAGUGACUACCCCGAGAAUUUAUUCCUUUGUAUAUCAGAAAAUACAGUGAAGAUGCGCAUGGUGGCCCAGCAUUUGAGAGGUAGAAACGAGGACCAGGAAGUUUCAGGUCAGCCUGGGCUUUAUAAGACCCAAUGUCAUAAAACUGAACUAAAAAUAGAAACACAGCUGUCCAGACUCCUGUAAUCCCCUGUAGUGAGCCACUGCACAGCCUGGGGCAAACUCUUGACUUUCUGUGCCAAGAGCAGGGCUGGGCCGAUGCUGGCUCUUGGUUUUCUCAUCUGUAAAAUAAGACCUGAGCACAUGCAGCACCAAAGAGGCUGUGUAGGGUGGGCACCUGACUUUUGACAGCAACUGUGCAGAGGGGCAGACCUGUGCCCAGCUUGGGCAACUGCCAGGAACACACCCUUUCUGCCACUGUGACUCUCGGGUUGAUUGGCAAAUAUCAGAAUGGCCAUAAAGCAAAGAGGCUCUUGAGACAGGAGAAAGCAUGGUGUCUGCUGGCACAGUUCAGCGGUGGGGCUGGGCUGUGCCGGUGUCCAUUCGUGUUUGUGCAGAUGCAGGUCCACCCAGCUGGCGGGGGACGGCGGUAGCACUGGAUACACUGAGUGCAAGUAGCAGGCUGUCUCAGAAGAUCCAGGGAAAUGGUGGGGACAGCUCUGUUUAAAUCAUUUCUUUUUUCACAUGGUCAAAUUUUCCAGUAUUUAAACCUCUGAGCAACAUUUUGUGGCACAUCGGAGGCUGGCUAUGCAAACAAUCAGUUCUUUUCUGUAUUAUAUUAAAAUGUACUGUUUGGGGUAAAUUUUUGAAAUAUGAGGUAGAAAUACUUGAGUCUGUGCUCUAGAGCCGCUCCUGUGUGAUAUGAGCAUGAGUAUUAUUAUGUGGUGGGUCAUCAAUAAAGCCCGUGUUCUA